AUGGCGGACGCAGCUGCUGGCAAAAACCCACAUGACAACCAGGGGCCAACCAUCCUGGCGACCAUGUGGACGUUGACUAUGAUCACGACCCUCAUAGUCAUCGCCAGAAUCUUCAUUCGAACCUAUAUAGUGAAGGCCCUAGGUCCAGAUGACUGGCUGAUUAUGGUGGCGAUGGUUCUGGGUUUGAUCUAUCUCGGCAUUACCACAGCCAACGUGAUUGUGGGCUAUGGCAGGCACGCGUUCACCCUGAGUCUCCAUAACCUGGAGACGGCUAUCCUGCUCAACACCGUGGGAUUUCUUUUUGGCAUUCUCUCCUUCUCGAUUCCCAAGAUCGCCGUAGCCUGCCUGUUGGUCCGGAUCCUGAAUCCCAGCCGCCUGCACAAGAUCUUCGUGUUUUUCCUCGUCGGCUUCGUCACCCUGGUUGCCGUCAUCUGUAUCAUCAUUCUCUUCACCAUGUGUGACCCUCCCGAGUCGAUGUGGUACGUGACAAUUCCCGGCAAGUGCAAGGACGUGAAGAUUCUCAUCGACUAUGCCAUCUUCACGGGAGCUCUGUCUGCCUUUGUCGAUCUCUACCUGGCCAUCUACCCGGUGACUGUGUUGUGGAAGCUUAACAUGUCGACGAGGAAGAAGCUUGCCUUGAGCGCUGCUCUGGGUCUUGGUGCAUGUGCCACUGCCAUGGCCAUCAUCAAGUGCACCCAGCUGCCGGGUCUUGCCGACAAGGAUGAUUAUACCUAUGGGACUUGGGCGUUGGUCAUUUGGACGAAUAUCGAAGCAGACGUCGUCGUCAUCGCCUCGUGCAUUCCCACCCUGCAGCCGCUGCUCGAGUUCCUGCUGGGAAAGAGGAAGAUCGGGUCGAGCGCCAACAGCCGCUACUUCAACCGCCUCGACAAGGGCAGCCAGCCGAUGGGCUCGCACUCGAUCGAGAUGCGCAGCAAGAAGUCCAGCGCCAACAAGCACAACAGCGUGUCCAUCACCAACGUCGAGAGCGAGGAGAGCAUCCUGCCGGGGGACGAGCAUGCGCAGGUGCACAACAAUCUGGGCGAGAUCCGCCGGACGGACGAGAUGCAUGUCCAGUACGAGUCGCGCGACGAGGUUUCUGCCAAUGGCGCGGCGGGUGGUUGGUGA